GUUAAUGAACAAAAGUGACCUCUUCCAGGAGAAGAUCUUAAACUCAGGAAGGCACUUGCGACUCUACUUCCCUAGUUACAAAGGAGCCGACUGGGACGUGGAUGCUGCCUCACGUCACAUCACUGCCAUGUUUGUGGCCUGCAACAAGACCCCCAACAAGCUUGUCUUCAACCACUACACCACCGCCACGGACACCCACAACGUACGGGUGGUCUUCCACGUCGUCAUGGACACCAUCGUCAAGGAGAACUUGGAGGCGGUCCCGUUGCUAUAAGACCUGACCUGGGUGCAUUUGACUGCAUCAGUGCCUUGACACUUUCUAGAUUUUAUUGAUGGAUAUUUGUUUUUAUAUAAUUUAACAUAGUAAAUAUUACAUAACUACAGACAACUGUCAUUGUGUUUUGUGCAUUUAUUUUUACUGUUAUGAGCUGUAAAACCAACUUAAUUUAGGUGCUCAGGACAUUUUUAUUGUCAUCAUGGAUUUAAAGGACUGAGCUCAGUUAAUAUGGAUGGACAUUCCUCAUUUUGACUUUUUUUCAAUAAUCAUGUUGGUGUUGACAUUAAGUGUUUUAAUUCAAUAAAAUAAUGUACAGGCCUA